GUAGGUAAAUUAUGCACAAGUAGUUUGAAUAAGACAUCUAGCCUGAUGGAACACAAGUAGCUGGCUCAGUCCAUCAGAUACUAUACAGAUCUCUCAGAAGGACAGUGAUGUGUGUUGGUGCUGCAAGACUGAUCUUCAGAUUUCAGUGAGUUCUCCAGCAACAUAUCAGUGAUGGAGCACCGUCUGUUUGUGCUCCUGCUUUUCACAGGAGUUUUUCCCCUCGUCCUGUCUGUCACUCGUAAGUACUAUCUGAUCCAGGAGGGGAGAACAUGGAAUGAUGCUCAAGCUUACUGCCGAGCCAAAUACACUGACCUGGCUACCAUCGACAGUGAUAAUAACAUGGUCCAACUUCAGAAGGUAGCACAGACACAACUAUUCACGUCUGAUGCUUGGAUUGGACUAUACACUAACAUCAACAGCUGGCACUGGUCCUUGGAAAACGAGCCACUGGGAAGUUUUACAUCCUGGAAUAUGAUCAACCCUAACAACUAUCUGGGAAAUGAGUUAUGUGUCAUCGUAUAUCUGUUUCAAUGGGUUGAUCGACCAUGCCACUCAUUGUAUUAUUUUGUGUGUUUUGAUGACACGAAGACUGGCAGUGACAAGUACAUUUUAAUCUCUCAGGCUAAGACAUGGUAUGAUGCUCAGAGAUACUGUAGGGAGCAGUACACAGACCUGGCCAGUGCCAGAGAUGCAACAGAAAACAACAUUAUAGGGAGAAAGAACUCUGGGCAUUAUAUUUGGUUUGGCCUCAACAGAGACCCCUGUAAAUGGUCAGAUCAGACCACCAACGUGUCCAUUAUUAAGUGGCAGGGUGGAAACUCUGAGGAUUACUCUAUGAAUAGAAGUUGUGGCUAUUUAUAUGGACUUCUGGCUGGUCAAGCAGAGUGCUCAAGCAUAAAGCCUUUCUUCUGUUACACAUUCCCAACAGUACAGCAGACCAUAAGCAUGAAGGUCAAGUCCAGUCAGGAUGUGAAUGAUCCUGCAAUAAUGGCGGCCAUCUUGGAGAAGAUCAAGGAGAAAAUGGAGGAUCAUGGAAUGAAUGAGAACAUAUUUGUGAAAUGGAGAGUGCAUCAAGAUGUAGUGGUGUUUCACAAGGAGAAGGAAAAUACUACUACAGUUGUGAAUAAAAAUAGGGAGGCUUGUGAACUCUAAAUCUUUAGCAUUGUCUUGAAUCACAUAUUGUUUGUAGUGCAUUAAUCACUUUUAGGUCGAUGACCUAGAGGGUAUGUAAUAUUUGAGGUGUCUUGAGUAGUAAUUUAACAGUCCCAGAGUUGCGCAUUUUCAGGCCUGGCUGGUGAGGGGUUUUGGAGGAGGGGAUGAUGCUGCAAUGCUUCAUUCUUUAAAGCUAAAAGUAAGCUAUAAUGCAAAAACUAGUAACAGUGAUAUUAUCAGGAGACACCAGGGUCCUCUCUACCAGAAUGAGGAGAACCUUAUACACCUAAAACAGCCAACAAUCAGUUUAUCAUCAGUCAUUUAAUUGAAUUUAUUUUUAACAUCAGUAAUUGAAUUGAAACCCUGACAUCUGGGCCUGGUAUUGGGAUUUUUAAAAAUGAUUUGGGGUUGGUGUAUUUGGAAGGCUUGAGGAAAAACCUGAAAGGACAGGCAACUCUGCUGGACCUUAUUUAUUAGACUAAGUGCUUUUUGCAUUUGUUGCUAUUGAAAAUAGGACUUAAGAUUUAAGAUUGUGAAACGUUGCCAAGCAUUUAAAUGGCAGCCAUAUAAUCAAGAACAAAGUUAUUUGUUGCUGUAGAUGUCAGUAGAUUAUGAGUCAUGACUUACAAAUAAAGAAA